CUUCAGCUCUGCUCGACCUCAUCCACUCAUUCCAACUGAAUGUCAGAUCAAACGAUACACAUUUAAGAGCCAUGGUGGUUUAAGAUGCAUAUGACAUCCAUCCACAAUGAAUCUGCGUUGUAGAUAUAGCUUGUGGAUACUGAUGGGCUUUGUGGCUGGGAUGCAUUGCCAGGAUGGGACUGUCACUCAGGAAGAUGUUUUGCUUUUGAAAGAUGAGAAGGAUCCUAAAUGCUUCACACGGACAGAGCAGGAUUUUACCUGCUUCUUUGAGACCAAAGACGACAAUCAGACUUAUGAUUUUCUCUACGGGAUUGCAGGUGUAAAACGAUGUGAGAUGACCGUCCAGAGAAGUAAAGAUGGAUCCGUCCUCCACAUCUGCAAGUUUCCUAUGAUGGAUGUUUUAUUAUAUGUGGAGACUCACAUUGAAGUGGUGGAGCGCGGCACCAACAGCAGCAUCUACAACCGGACCAUCUUUGUGGAGGACCACUUUCUGCUGCCGCCUCCCUUUAAUGUGUCUUUGCAUCAAAACGGCAGACCAGGGCAGCUGCAGGUGUCAUGGCACUCAGCAGUCCCCAAAUACUGGGAAGACACAGCGAUGUAUGAAGUUAGAUACUCCUCUAAAGGAACCGGGGAGAAGACAAAGGAGAAGGCAAAGCAGGGGGACAUACUAGACCUUCUGGUACCAGGAGAGAAGGUCCAGGCGCAGGUCAGAGUGAAAUGUGCCAAUGAUGCAGAUGCAGGACACUGGAGCAGCUGGUCACAUCUAGCAUGGGCCGUGGUUCCCCAGAGUCCAGAUGACAUUUCUCUGAUGUGCUUCACCUCUGAUCUUAAAUAUAUCACCUGUGAGUGGAACAGGAGCAGAUAUGCUGAUCAGGAGUACAACGUUUUCUACCAGAUGGGUCUCAGCAAAGGUCUGGGCUGGGCUGAGUGGACUGAGUGUCUCACUGACUGGGGUUUGACUGACAGGUGUUUUUUCUAUGCUGAUGAGUCCAAAAACAUCAAAGUGCAGCUCACCAGCACUUCAGCUCCUCUCAGCAGAACCUUUUAUACCGAGGAGUUUACUCUCAACAAGAGCAUCAAAACACUCCCACCGAGUCAUCUGAAAGCAGCAGUAGAAGAAGGGAAGCUGUGUUUGAAAUGGGAAGCUCCUCUCCCGUCUCUGUCAGCUCACCUGCAGUAUGAAGUCAGCUACCAGGUCACAGGAAGAGAAGACUGGACGACGACAUUCUUAAGGAGUCCAGAGAGCAGCACAUGUCUGGAUAUCCCUGCAGGUCGACAGUACAGUGUGAAGCUCAGAGCUAGACCUAAUGGCCCGGUUUAUUCAGGCUUCUGGAGCGACUGGUCUGAUGUGCUUAAUGGAGAUACACCCACUGACAGAGGCCUGCUGCUGAUACUGUGUCUUCCUAUCUCUGUGCUCAUCACGAUCACCAUCCUCAUCGUCUUGUUUUACACCUACCACAGCAAACUGAAGCAGUAUUUUUGGCCGCCAGUGCCUAACCUGGACAAAGUCUUGCAGGGCUUUCUGACAGAGAUCAACGAGCAGAAAUGGGACCUUCCAGUAACAGCAAAGCAGUGCACUGAAGAAACCACUCCAUCUCUGGUGGAGAUCAUGGCUGAGGAUGAGCUAUCUGGAGUGGAGAAGCCCUCGGAGGAAACAGUCCUGCUGUUAUCAUCAGAGAGCGACCUCUCCAGCAGUGAGCUGGCUGACGAGAGCUCCGGGUCUGAAGUGUUCCCGGACUAUGUGACUCUGAACAGAAACAGCGAGCUUUUCUGCCCAAAGGGGAACAAAUACAUCCACGAACAGGCUGUUGAGAAAGAAGGGGUGAUGAUGAAGGAGGAGCUCUCUCAGAAAUGUCCCUCUCCCAGCAGCGAAGGUUCAGUCUGUAUCCCACCCUACACUGAAACCGACUUUCUCAACUACUCGUACUUGGCUCUGGCUGAGCCUGCAGACAAAUCUGACUGUAAGGUGAUGGCUGUGAGACCAGGCAACAUCUAUACCAACCUGCCGUGCUGCUAAAUGUACAUCUGCUAUACAUUUGCUCUUGUGUACACUUGUUUAAUAUGAUUCAUAUUUUUUCUUAAUAGGAACACUUAAAAUGUGCAUAUCCACGUUUACUGCAUCAGUAGAUCUGAGUAAGGGAAUAAAAUCGCACAAGGGUUUAUUGCAGGACUGGUGCACCCUGUAGCAAAGUUAUUAUAGUUAACUAAAACUAACUGAAUAACUAAAAUUAAAUUCAAAAAUAAUUUUAGUUAACUGUAACUAAAUCAAACCUAAGCUUUACCUAAAAAGAUGAAAACUAACUAAAACUGUAUAGUGUGCUUACAAAACUAACUAACUAAAUAAAAAUGGAGACAAAAUAUCCUUACCUUUAGUCUUUGACACAAUCUUACUGACUGGCACCUACAGAUA